UUUCCCCUCAGAUUCCAUUUACCUUCAAAAGUUUCAUUUACAUUCUCUCAGCUCAAAAACAUUUUUUCUUCCAAUACUUAAAGAAAAAAACAGAGCUUUCUUCUCUUUUAUUGUUACUUUUAGCUCAGCAUUACAGCUUUAAUAAACAAAAUGGGGAGACAUUCUGGCUGUUACAAACAAAAGCUGAGAAAAGGGCUUUGGUCUCCCGAUGAAGACGAGAAGCUUCUCAACCACAUCACCCAUCACGGUCAUGGCUGCUGGAGCUCUGUUCCUAAACAUGCCGGUUUGCAGAGAUGUGGUAAAAGUUGCAGAUUGAGAUGGAUCAAUUACUUGAGACCUGAUUUAAAGAGAGGAGCUUUCUCCCAAGACGAAGAGAAUCUCAUCGUCGAGCUACAUGCAGUCCUUGGAAACAGAUGGUCACAGAUUGCUGCUAAACUUCCGGGAAGAACCGACAACGAGAUCAAGAAUCUAUGGAACUCGAAUAUAAAGAAGAAGCUGAAACAAAGAGGCAUUGAUCCAAACACACACAAACCCAUCUCCGAAGUUGACAGAGAGAAGCCAACAACAAGCAGCAACGACCACAUGUCUCUUAGUUCCUCCUCUGCGACUAACCAAGACUUCUUCCACGUAAGGCCAUCUGAUUUCUCCGACUACUUCAACUCCAACCUCGGACUUUCCGUUGAUUCUUCCCUCUGCUCCAUGUUUCCGGUGCAGUUUAGCACCGGAAACAUGGUUGGUUCUGUGUUUCAGACACACUCGUGUGUUAAGCCUUCGAUUAGUCUUCCUCCGGACAACAGUUCGAGUACUGAUCAGGCAGCACCUAACUGGGAGUUUCAGACAAACAACACUUCGAGUUUCACCGACAACGGCGGUUUCACAUGGUCAGUCUCAAAUCUUUAUCCUUCUCUAGUCAGACCUAAUCAUAACUUCGAGGAUUUGAAAUGGUCAGAGUAUGUGAACACACCGAUCUCUCUACCGGUCUUCGUCAAAUCAGAGGCAGAUUACUUAGCCAAUGUUUCGAGCUUGGCAGAUCCUUGGAGCCAAAGCCAGAACGAGAGUUUGAACACACCUGAAGCUAGUGACGUGUUCUGCAAGGACCUUCAGCCAAUGGCCGUCUCUUUUGGUCAGUCCCUUUAGGUUUUAUUUUUCUUAACUCUUUAACAGAUGUAAUAAAGCGAAAACAUAUACAAUACAUACGUACAUAUAGUGGAUUUAAGUGUCUUUAUUUCUAUUUUAAAUGUG